AUGGUGAUUGAAGAAGCUUAUGUCUUGUGUUCGCGAAAGGAACAAGAUGAAGACUGGGCUGGGGAAGGCUCCGAUGAAGAUGAUAACAAUGAUGAUGACGAUGAUCUGGAUAUUUCUGAUGACGAUGCUGAAUUUAAGAAACGCAGGGGUAGACAACAAGGUAGGGGUGGACGUAGUGUUAAGUCUACAAGAGAACUUAAAUCAUUUACGUCAUCUAGUCGAAGGAAAAAAGGCAGAAUCUCAUCUGUGGAGGAAUAUUCAUCCGAAAAGAACUCAGAAAAUGAUAGUGAUGAGGAUUUUGGAAGUAUGGCGAGGAGAGCUGCACAUCUCCGCAGAAACAAUGUUGGUCGGUCCACUUCUGCUAAUAUUUCUGGAAGGAACAGCGAACUUCGAACUUCAAGUCGUUCAGUGCGGAAGGUAUCAUAUGUUGAAAGCGAAGAAAGUGAAGAAGAUGAUGAGGGAAAGAAAAAAAAGAGCCAAAAGGAGGAGAUUGAAGAGGAAGAUGGUGACUCAAUCGAGAAGGUGCUAUGGCAUCAGCCAAAGGGCAUGGCUGAAGAAGCUUUAAGGAACAAUAAAACAACAGAACCUGUGUUGUUAAGCCAUUUGUUUGAUUCUGAACCAGAUUGGAAUGAGAUUGAAUUUUUAAUAAAAUGGAAAGGCCAGUCACAUUUGCAUUGUCAGUGGAAAUCAUUUUCUGAGCUACAAAAUCUUAGUGGUUUUAAGAAGGUUCUAAAUUACUGCAAAAGGGUGAUGGAGGACGUGAAGUAUCGGAAGAAAUUUUCUCGGGAGGAGAUUGAGGUCAAUGAUGUGAGCAAGGAAAUGGAUCUGGAUAUCAUCAAGCAAAAUAGUCAGGUGGAAAGAAUAAUUGCUGACAGAAUCAGUAAAGACAGUUCAGGUGAUGUAGUGCCAGAGUAUUUAGUCAAAUGGCAAGGCCUGUCUUAUGCUGAAGCAACUUGGGAGAAGGACGUGGAUAUUGCAUUUGCUCAAGAUGCCAUUGAUGAGUACAAGGCACGCGAAGCUUCGUUGACGGUACAAGGAAAACUGGUAGAUUUCCAGCGGAGAAAGAGCAAAGCAAGUUUGAGGAAGCUUGAUGAACAGCCUGAAUGGUUGAAGGGGGGUAAACUUCGAGAUUAUCAACUUGAGGGGUUGAAUUUUCUUGUUAACAGUUGGAGAAAUGAUACAAAUGUCAUACUAGCUGACGAAAUGGGUCUUGGUAAAACCGUUCAGUCAGUUUCUAUGCUUGGGUUUUUACAGAAUGCACAACAAAUACAUGGGCCAUUUCUUGUUGUUGUACCGCUUUCAACCUUGUCGAAUUGGGCAAAAGAGUUCAAAAAAUGGCUGUCUAGCAUGAAUGUUAUUGUAUAUGUCGGAACUCGUUCGAGCCGAGAGGUUUGUCAGCAAUAUGAAUUUUACAAUGAUAAGAAAACUGGCCGGACUACAAAAUUUGAUGCUCUUUUGACUACAUAUGAAGUACUAUUGAAGGAUAAGGCAGUGCUCUCUAAGAUCAAAUGGAAUUAUCUUAUGGUUGAUGAAGCACAUAGGUUGAAGAAUAGUGAAGCUUCGUUGUAUACAACACUCUUGGAAUUUAGCACCAAAAACAAGUUGCUCAUUACUGGUACUCCAUUGCAAAACAGUGUUGAAGAGCUCUGGGCUCUCCUUCACUUUCUUGAUCCUGAUAAGUUCAAGAAUAAGGAUGAAUUCGUUCAGAAUUACAAGAAUCUUAAUUCAUUUAGUGAGAAUGAGCUUGCUAAUCUUCACAUGGAAUUGAGGCCUCACAUUCUUCGUAGAGUUAUCAAGGAUGUGGAAAAGUCAUUGCCUCCAAAGAUUGAACGUAUUCUUAGGGUUGAGAUGUCCCCUCUUCAGAAACAGUACUACAAGUGGAUUUUGGAACGCAACUUCCAAGAUUUGAACAAAGGAGUUCGUGGGAAUCAGGUUUCGCUUUUAAACAUUGUGGUAGAGUUGAAGAAAUGUUGCAAUCAUCCGUUUCUAUUUGAAAGUGCAGACCAUGGCUAUGGGGGGGAAUCAAAUAUUACUGGUAGCAGUAAACUGGAGCGAAUUAUUCUAAGCAGUGGAAAGCUAGUUAUACUUGAUAAGCUGCUGGACAGGUUGCAUGAAACAAAUCACCGCAUUUUAAUCUUUUCUCAGAUGGUUAGGAUGUUGGAUAUACUGGCAGAAUAUUUGUCACUCAAAGGGUUCCAAUAUCAAAGGCUUGAUGGUAGCACGAAGGCUGAGUUGCGACAGCAGGCUAUGGACCAUUUUAAUGCACCUGGUAGUGAUGAUUUCUGUUUCCUCCUUUCAACUCGUGCAGGCGGAUUAGGUAUUAAUCUUGCAACAGCAGACACGGUUAUCAUAUUUGAUUCAGACUGGAAUCCUCAAAAUGACUUGCAGGCAAUGAGUAGAGCUCAUAGGAUUGGACAACAAGAAGUUGUCAAUAUAUACCGAUUUGUUACAAGCAAGAGUGUUGAGGAAGACAUCUUGGAGCGUGCUAAGAAGAAGAUGGUUCUUGACCAUUUGGUGAUUCAAAAACUAAAUGCGGAGGGCAGAUUGGAGAAGAAAGAAGCGAAAAAAGGGAGUUCCUUUGACAAAAAUGAACUGUCAGCAAUUUUGAGGUUUGGUGCUGAGGAACUAUUUAAGGAGGACAAAAAUGAAGAAGAAAGCAAAAAGAGGCUUCUAAGUAUGGAUAUUGAUGAAAUUCUUGAAAGAGCAGAAAAGGUUGAAGAGAAAGGAGCUGAUGAAGAGAAAGGGCAAGAAUUACUGGGUGCUUUCAAGGUUGCCAAUUUUGGUAGUGCUGAAGAUGACGGGAGUUUCUGGAGCCGCUGGAUAAAGCCAGAAGCUGUUGCCGAGGCUGAGGAAGCUUUAGCUCCUCGAGCUGCAAGAAACAUUAAGAGUUAUGCAGAGGCUAACUCAAUUGAGAAAACUAAUAAAAGGAAAAAGAAGGGAGUUGAGCCUCAGGAAAGAUUCUCAAAGCGCCGCAAGGCAGAUUUUGCCUAUUCAGCACCUGCGAUUGAAGGUGCGGCUGCUCAAGUAAGAGGAUGGUCUUAUGGGAACUUGUCAAAGAGAGACGCUACACGUUUCUUCCGUUCGGUUACCAAGUUUGGGAAUGACAGUCAAAUUAGCUUAAUAGCAUCAGAGGUAGGUGGAGCAGUUGAAGCUGCUCCAACAGAAGCACAGAUUGAGCUUUUUGAUGCAUUGAUUGACGGUUGUAGAGAAGCAGUUAAUGAGGGAAAUCUGGACACAAAGGAGCCUCUGUUGGAUUUUUUUGGUGUCCCUGUAAAAGCUGAUGAUCUACUAACCCGUGUCGAAGAACUUCAACUCCUAGCAAAGCGCAUUAACCGCUAUGAAGAUCCCAUCUCUCAAUUCCGGACUUUGAUGUACCUCAAACCUGCUUCCUGGUCUAAAGGUUGUGGCUGGAACCAGAAGGAUGACUCACGGCUGCUUCUGGGAAUUCACUAUCAUGGAUUUGGUAAUUGGGAAAAGAUAAGGUUAGAUGAAAGACUUGGUCUUAUGAAGAAGAUUGCUCCAGUGGAGCUUCAAUAUGGUGAAACUUUUCUACCACGAGCUCCCCAGUUGAGGGAUCGAGCUUCUCUGCUCUUAGAAAUGGUAGGUGAUAAUUUACAUUCUAAUGCUUUUAUGCUCAAACAGUGCUUAUUCAGUCUUAAGUUUCCUCAUUAUUUUUAUUUUUUGUAUUAACAGUAUACUUGCCUCUGCUCUUGAUCUGUUAAAUCCUUAAAAAGGCGAAGUGUGAAUCUCUAUGCUGCCAUUUAUGUCAAGGCAGAACUUGGUUCUAUUUGAUAGCAUAGUUUUGCAAGAGUUAUGUUUACAUAUUUGCAAGAUUGAUAUUUGAGGGAAAUUGCAAAUUAUGGUUUAAGUUGAAUUGUAUUGCUGAAUUAUUAAAAAGUAUGAUUUUGUAGAUGAAUGGGAUUAAUUGAUAUUGAAUAUUUGCAAAAGUUACUGGUACUGUUUCAGAUAGGAUAUUUUUGAUAUUGGGAAAAAUAAGUUUAGACAAUUGCAUUCUUUGAAGAACAGAUAUAUCCUCAACAUCCUAGGCCAAUGGCUUUUAGAACUCGGGGGGUUAGAGUUCCUAAUCGCUGGCCUUUGUGUGUUGGGAUGUAAAUGUGAUAAUAAUUCUCAAUGUGAAGAUGGGGAGGAUGAGAAUGAUGAGAAACUUGAUAUGUUUUUGACAUAUGAAUUUGGGCUGGGAUAUCUCACUCAGAAGCACAUUUGUGAUUUGGUCAAAUAUGCAAUAAAUGUUGGAUAGAUUUCCAUUUUUAUUUUUAUUUUUCACAUCACAUGGCCAUUUUUCCUAUUUUAUCCGAAUUCAUUGCUAAAUCCUACUUUAGACAAUCUUCCUUUACAUUAGAAUAAAGUCCAACCAUAAUUGGCAGGUGUUUUAUAUUGUAGAGUGUGGUUGCCUCAUGAAUCUUUCAAUUAAGUCUUGAUUAUGAGUGAGUCUUCUGUGGAGUCUAUAUGAAAGGUGAAGCUUUGCGGAAUAAUCCUAGUUAUUGAAUUUGAAUAUAUAGACAUUUAAUAGUUUCUUAAUUCAUGAAUGCAUAAUGUAGAUGAAUUUUAGUUGCUUAUGUAGGAUGACCAUAUUGCUGGUCUUAUAGCUUGAAUGAUUGUAGGCGACUUUGACUUGCAAGUUAAUUGAACAAAGUAAUCAAGGAAGCAAGGAUCAAAAUUUCCUUUUGAAACAGUUGAAACGUUUCUGUUUCGUAGGAGACCAAAACGGAUUAAUGGCGGAAUCAAAAUUCUGAUACUUCAAGUGUUUCAUAAUAUUUCGAGAUGUUUUAUAAUAUUUCAUUGCAUUUGCACAGUUGUCUUAUAAUGUUUCAAAAUAUUUCAAGAUACUU